UGACGUCACCGCGCAGGGGCAGACUGGUGGGAGUACGGUUGUUGGCGUCGUUGUGAGGAAGCGGCCGCUCAGUGUUCGGGUCGCUUCGGCCGUGACAGCAGCGACGGCGAGGUGACUCCAGCGGGCGGCGGUAACUUACAGCACAAUCCGGGGGAUACACGGGCGCCGGGUGAGACAUGUCGCUGAUCGGAAAGCUUUUCGGUACCGGGGGGAAGGGUGGGAAAGGCCCGACCCCCCAGGAGGCGAUACAGAAACUCCGGGACACCGAGGAGAUGCUCACCAAGAAACAGGAGUUCCUGGAGAAGAAGAUCGAGCAGGAGCUGCUGACAGCCAAGAAACAUGGCACCAAGAACAAGAGGGCUGCACUACAGGCACUUAAACGCAAGAAGAGAUAUGAAAAACAAUUGGCGCAGAUUGACGGGACUUUGUCUACCAUUGAAUUCCAACGGGAAGCCUUAGAAAAUGCCAACACAAACACAGAAGUUCUUAAAAACAUGGGCUUUGCAGCCAAAGCAAUGAAAGCAGCUCAUGAUAACAUGGAUAUUGAUAAGGUGGAUGAACUCAUGCAAGACAUUGCCGAUCAACAGGAGCUGGCACAGGAAAUUUCUGAUGCCAUUUCUAAACCAGUUGGCUUUGGAGAGGAGUUUGAUGAUGAUGAUCUGCUGGCUGAAUUGGAGGAACUGGAACAAGAGGAUUUAGAGAAGAGUCUUCUGGAGGUUCAUGGUCCAGAGACCGUGCCUCUACCAAAUGUGCCUGCAGCAUCAUUACCAGCAAAGCCAGUCAAGAAAAAGCAAGAGGAGGAUGACGAUGAUAUGAGAGAACUAGAAAGCUGGGCUUCAGCGAUUUAGAUUUUUCAAAUGCCCUAGAACGUCGCCCGGGUGGAAAGACUUUAACAGUUGGAGCGGGUGUACAUAUGAUGUGUCAGGGAAGAUCGGGGAGGAGGAAAGCGGUCAGAAACGCAACUUGAAAUGUUUAUCUCUUUGCCCUUCUUUACUUUCUCUGCCCUAAGCUUGGCAUUGGGCAUUCAAUAAAGCAAACCGAAAGUGACUUGACUUGGAGAAAUCGAAAUAUCAGCUUCACUUUAAACCCAUUGUCAAAACUGUAAGUGCAGGGCUUCACCAACCCUCUUCCGCCAACUUCUAGCGGUACGCCGAGUGGCCGGCAUCAAGGAAAUCCUGGAUUGUUCAUUUUGUGUUGCUGCUUUGCCACACUCGCCAGCAUUUACAAUAAACAUCAAAUCUGCAAAAUAGCCACAUGCCAUCCACACUCAUUUGUUAGAGAAUUUUGAGUUUUUAUUCUUGUGUAUGGAGGCCUUGUAUUCUUAAAUUAACGACACGGAUUCUGUUUUCACUGGGGCAUCACUUCAGAGUAUUAUUGUGUGACGAGCCAUGCCACCAUCUUUUCCAGCAUGCACAAGAUAUCGUGCUGGAUAAGCCACGUUUCUCUUCAACCAAUGUGGAGGAUAUUCAGGACAGGAAGGAAGAAGUCCAAAAGGCAUGUUCAGGGAGGUGAUAGAAAUCCUACAAACACGUCACCAAAUAUACUCUGUCUAAUGUGAUCUGUAAUCUACAUCAGUGCUUAAUAAACCUGUUUCUUUUCUUAUACUCCAAAUAGCAGAUAUUUUAGCCAAAGUAUCUCUAAUCUCAAUUUUCCUUCACAUCAGGAUUCUAAUAUAUAAACGUUUCCCAUUGAAGGCCAUCAUAUGAAACUAAAUUUACCAUAGUAUCCCUUGGCUUUGGCACAAUUGGCCUGUGCAAGUUGAGAACCUGAAUUGGAUAGUGAUGAAUAAUGCAUCUUGCUGUAGGAGUAAAACUAUUUUUUAUUUAAUGUGAGCAUAAUCCUAUAUUAAAAUGCAUUUAGCCAUAUUUUUGUAGUGUGUAACAUUUAUACUGUUGGAUCUGUUUCCUAUCUGGACACUUAAAUAUAUAAAAUUUAUUUGAAUGUGUUUAAAUUAUUUUAAAAAAUUCACAUUAAUUUUCAUCUACCUAGUGUAACAUGAAAGAACUUGUGAUGUGUAAUUGCGCAUAGCCUUAUCUUGGUUCACAAGUCGAGCGAGGCCCCCUCUUGAAAUUUUGUUUACAUGGACUCGUACUCAUCAGAUUCAUAUAAAACCGACCUAGGACUGUGUUAUUCUGCUAGGAUAUCUGUGAAAGGUCAUUUCCAAGACUGUAUAUUUAUUAACCACAAAAACUAUCAUUGCGUGCACAUGUAGGGUUGUUGUAGUCCUGCUGCUACCAGUAGAGGGCGUAAUAGUUAUACUGUAUUCUCGUUUACAAGUGUCUAGAGGAAGGUUUUGUUUUUUUCUUUCCUUUUACGAUCAUUGAAUCACCCACGUUCAAACCUCAUUCCUAAGGAAAAAAUAAUCAUUGCAAUUGAGCAGUAAUUUUACUUAGAUGUAAAGUAAAAUUGCAGUGAUACUUUCAAAUCAGAUCUUCACGAGAUAACUCUUACUAGAAAACAGCCUUAUGUAUUGGUUUGGCCAUAAGGCAGCAGUUUACACAGACUAGCAGCAAAUAGUUUAAUAUGGGAGAAAUAUAAUUAAUUUACUUUUAAUGUGGAAGUAACACAUUUUUGAAAUAGCAUUAUCUCCUUUUUAAAUAUCCCGCUAGCAACUUUUGCACUUUCUAAUGUACAAUCUACAUUCAUUUUUCUUUCAAUUUCUUUGUUUUGUUUAGGCAAGAUCAUUUUAACUGUUUAAACCAUAGGAUGGACUGACACUACUGUGGAAAAGAUCCCUGGAAUAACCUAUAAUAUAUAGAUAUAAUGGCUGCACAAUUUACGCUUUGUAAAUGAGUGUAUGUAUUUUGCAUACUGUAUGUCCCUGUUUAUAACAUUUCCUAUUAGUUUAAAACUGCGUUCACUCUUACUCAUGAAAAAUAAAUAUAUUUCAAAACAAUCA